AUGGAUAACAUACUUGAAAAACAAAGAAGUGCCCAUGAAGUCAUUGAACAACUUGAACAAGCUAUUGUUGAUCAAUACAUGGAAGAUGCAAAAACUCAUCGUGAAAGAUUAUUUAAUGAACAUGCUGUUAAUAAAUUUUUAACUCGUAUUUCCGAAAAGAGUGCCUAUCUUGCUGAACUCUAUGAAGAUAAAGAUGGUCUUCGUCAAUCAGAAAUGGAAUCACUUUCUGGAUCUUCAGAUUUUAAUGAGUUUUAUGAACGUCUCAAAGUUAUUAAAGAACAUCAUCGUAAAUACCCAAAUGAACCCGUUGAACUACCAGAAAUAGAAUUCACCAAUAUGGUAAAGAGAAAAGAAGAAGAAGAUUUUGAAGAAUUGGAAAAACUAUUUUCUGGUGAAGAGAGUCUUGGAAGAUACCUUGAUUUGAAUGCAGUUCAUAUACUUUAUAUUAACUUGAAGGGAGUUAAAAAAUUAGACUAUCUUCAGUUCUUAAGCGAGUUUGAUGACUUUGCAACAAUUUAUCCGAAAUCAACCAAAUCAAGUGAAGAUUAUAAACACUACUUAAAUGAGCUUUUUGACUAUCUUGAAAGCUUUUUUCAUCGUGCAAAGCCUUUAUAUGAUCUCGGUGAACUGGAAGAAAAGGCCUUGAAAGAAUUUAACGAGGCAUGGAGCGAAGGACAAGUGAAAGGCUGGGAAGAUAUGGAUAAUCAAGAUAAUAAUCUGUUUUGUCAAGCUUGUCAAAAGCAGUUUACAAAACAAACAGUCUAUGACGCACAUUUAACAGCUAAAAAACACAUCAAAGCACAAAAGAAAUUAGAUGAAGAGAAACAACAAACAAAUGGUGUUGUUGGCUCAAAAGAUGAUAAAAGAAAAGCUAUUGCUUGGAAGGAAUGGUUGAUUUCAAAAUAUGCUCAAGCAUUAAAUGAUUAUAGAGAAGAAACUCGAUCUAAUGUAGAAAGAAAACAAGCAUUAACAGACAGAGAACGUGCGUUGGAACAAGAGCAAGAACAAAUUGAGAUUAUCGACCAAGAAUCUGAUGAUGAAGACGAUGAAAGAAUCUAUAAUCCUCUUAAAUUACCACUUGGUUGGGAUGGCAAGCCUAUUCCAUAUUGGCUUUAUAAAUUACAUGGUUUGGGAGUAGAAUAUCCAUGUGAGAUUUGUGGUAACUAUGUGUAUAUGGGCAGAAAGGCUUUUGAUAAACACUUUCAAGAAUGGAGACAUGCGCAUGGCAUGCGUUGUUUAGGUAUUCCAAACACUCGUCAAUUCCAUGAAAUUACAAAGAUUGAAGAUGCAUAUGCAUUGUAUGAAAAACAAAAGAGGGAAAAUAUGAAUGAAGCAGCUAGAGCUGACACAAUUGAAGAAUAUGAAGAUGCAGAAGGAAAUGUGUAUAACAAAAAGACUUAUGAAGACCUUAAAAGACAAGGUAUUCUUUAA